AUGGCGACUUUUAAUUCUAAGAAGAGAAAGAGAGCAGAGAAAAGAUCCGGAUGUAGCCAAAAGAAGACCAAAUAUCAGCGUGACCAGCAUGUGAGCUGUUGUCCAGGAGCGGAGGAACCAACACCCGUACAGGACCAAUGGAACACCUUCACAAUAAUGGCAGAUGUCCUUCAGACAUUUGAAGAGUAUGGGAAGGAGGCCUACCUGUUCAAUAAACAACUGGAGAAGGGCUUUUCAACACCGGAUUUCCUAGCAAACCAGCAUGAGGUAGAUCCAACCAUUUGGCAAGAAGUCACCAACAUCUUAAUUAAGGUGCACAGGCACUUUUCAUUGGAUUUUUCUACGCUGUGCCUUGCUGUCAACUACCUGGCUAGGUACAUCUCCCAGAGGCAACUGAAAGCGACCAUCCUAAAGCCACUGGGGGCUACCUGCUUGUAUUUGGCAACAAAGGUCAUGGCUAGAAAACGUCCAUCAGCAGAGGAUUUUCUGGAGCUGUUUGGAGAUGGUAAUUACACACCUGCUUAUAUUGCAUAUGUGGAGAAGAACCUUAUGUGCCAACUGGACUACCGGCUGCAAGGACCCACCAUUGAUUUUUUUCUUGAAUACUUUUCCCUAAUAAGAGCAUCUAGCGAGAAGUGUUCAAGCAUCAACAUCACCAGAGCAGCCAAUGCCCUAACAGCUGCCAGAGGCAUCGCAGCACUGGCCAUGACAAAAUAUGAUUUCCAUCUGUAUGCACCAUCUCUACUGGCUCAGUGCUGUCUUAAAGCUGCUGGCCAAAUAUUCGGCUAUAACACCGCAAAUGAAGAGGGACCCCCGUGA